AUGUCUGAAAAUGUUGGUUCAGGGACAGGGUCUUCGCUUCCUAGUAAUCUUAGACAUACACCUGCUGUUUCUAGGAGGAAAAAUGCAACUGGAAAUAGAAGUGAUAUAGGAUGGAAACAUGGGAUUGAUGUUCAAGGCAAUGGUAAAAAAGUGAAGUGUAAUUAUUGCUCAAAGACUAUAAGUGGAGGGAUUUAUAGAUUCAAGCAUCAUCUUGCCGGUACUAAAGAGGAUUCAGAGCCUUGUGCUUCAGUACCUGAAGAAGUUAAGGCUGUGAUGUUGAAAGUCUGUGUGGAGGCUAAAGAAGCAUCAUUGAAGAAGAGAAGAUUCGGUGAUGAUGAGGAUUAUCCUGAACAAACAGAAAAGGAGAAGGGCAAUUCUCAACAAAAGGGGAAAGAUAUUCACAACUUUGUCACAAAAGGAAAAGGGGCUCAAGUUCAAUCAAUAAUAAAUCAAAUGAUGAAGAAGGAUCUAAAAGAACAAUGUGAUCAACAAUGUGCCAUAUUUUUCUAUACAAGUGCUAUUCCUUUCAAUGUUAUUAAGAAUCCCGAGUUUUUAAAGUUUUGUGAGAUGGUUGGGAGAUAUGGAAUUGGCUACAAACCCCCUUCUUACCAUGAGUUAAGAGAAACCCAAUUAAGAAAAGCAGUGAACAAUGUUGAUGAAAUGCUUACCGAAUUUAAGGCAGAGUGGAAGAGAACUGGUUGUUCAAUCAUGUCGGAUGGAUGGACUGAUAAAAAAAGGCAUAGUAUUUGUAAUUUCUUGGUGAACAGCCCUAAAGGAACAUUUUUCCUUUAUUCAUUGGACACUUCUGACAUCUCAAAAACAACGGAUAAAGUUUUCAAAAUGCUAGAAGAUACCGUAGAAUUUGUUGGUGAAGGGAAUGUAGUCCAAAUUGUUACAGAUAAUGCUACUAAUUAUAAGGCUGCUGGAGAAAGAAUGAUGGAGACUAGAAAAAUUUUGUACUGGACACCAUGUGCUGCACACUGCAUAGAUUUGAUAUUGGAGGAUUUUGAAAAGAAGCUAAAGGUGCAUGAAACAACCAUAAAAAAGGGAAGAAAAAUCACCACUUUUAUCUACUCCUGGAGUAUGCAUAUUAGCAUGUUGAGGAAUUUUACAAAGGGAAAGGACUUGGUUCGGCCAGGUGCCACAAGAUUUGCCACUGCCUAUUUGACUCUCACUUGUCUUCAUGAUAAUAAAGGACCGUUGAUGACUAUGUUUACUUCUGCUGAUUGGAAGACAACUAAGGUUGCAUCAACGCCUGAAGGAAUAAGAGUCCAAAAUAUGGCCUUGGAUAGUAGGCUAUGGAAGAAUAUUGUCAUAUGCCUCAAGGCUGCUGCUCCUCUCAUUACAGUCCUUUGCUUGGUUGAUUCAGAUGAAAAACCAGCCAUGGGUUUCAUCUUUGAAGGCAUGAGAAAUGCCAAAGAAACAAUCAAGACUAACUUCGAUUGUGUUAAAAAGAGUUAUGAACCUAUAUGGGAAAUUAUUGAUGGAAGUUGUUUGAAAAAACUGGUUCCUAACCAGGAAGAAAGGAAAAAGGUUGGUCUACAGCUUUCUGACUUUCAUUAUGCUAGAGGCCUCUUUGGUAAUGAAACUGCAAAGAGUAGUAGGAAGACCAUGCUACCUGCUGAGUGGUGGGACUUCUAUGGAGAUAGUUGUCCAGAACUAAAGAAGUUUGCUAUCCGAGUUCUAAGCUUAACUUGUAGUUCAUCUGGUUGUGAGCGUAAUUGGAGUGUAUUUGAAAUGGUUCUUACAAAGAGAAGAAAUUGGUUGCAUCAAAAGAAAAUGAAUGAUUUAGUGUAUGUGAUGUAUAAUUUGAAGUUAAAGGGCAAGCAAAUUAGAAAAACUCCAGAACUUGGAUUUGAUGCAGUGCAUUCUGAUGAUGAGUGGAUAACUGAGGAUGUUAAUAAAAAUAUUGCUGAAAGUGUUUGA